AUGAGAGAAAUUCUGGUUAUCGGCGGAACUGGCGCUCAAGGCCUGCCGGUCAUCAAAGAAUUUGCACGACUUCCUAAUGUGUCCCUGAUUGAAGGCAAACAAGAUAACCAGGAAGAUCUGCAUAAAGCUUUCAAGGGUGUCUACGGGGCAUGGGUCAACACCGAUGGCUUUACCAUCGCUUAUGAAAUCGCGAGGCACCACGGACAUGCGGACUGGGACGAGAAUUACCAUUGGGGUCAUAAUGAUGCGAAAGGCAGAAUUGCAGAUUACAUUCUAGCUCAAGGUCAGGCUGGCAUGAAAAGCUCUGUGCUUACAACUGGCCCGUAUAUGAACAUGCUCUGGGAUGGCAUGUUUGUCCCUACCCAAGAACCUGAUAGGACAUCUGUUUGGGCUAAUCCCGCAAAAUCUGGUAAAAUAUCUCUCAUAGCUCUAGAAGUUGUUGGACAUGAUUCUCUUUGGCUCUUCAAAAACUUGCCAGAAUCCGCGGGGAUGAAUCUCAAAAUUUCAACAGAUGAAUUUAGUUUCGCGGAUAUAGCGGCAGCCUUCUCUGAGGUGACAGGGGAGAAAGGGGUGCAUCGGUAUGUACCUCUUGAAGAUGCUGUAACGGAUGAAUCAACGAUGACAUGGCGCCAAAACUUCUCAGCUUGGUGGAAAUACUGGGGAGAGGGCCGGGCUGAACACCGAGACUUCACUCUUCUGAAUCGAAUCCCACCCGAAUCAUCGUCCGCGGCGAUGCAGCAACAGCAAGCAGGUCCUCCGGUCUGA